AUGAACCAUAAAGACGAGGAGAACGUCUACCACGACAAUCUCAAUAUAGAACUAAGGAUUGGAGUGUUGAAUCCCCAAAGUCGACCUCCAUUUAAUGACUCUGCAACUACUAGCACUUGUGGAGUCAAGAAUUAUAAUCAAAAACUGAAACAAGAUCAUAAUAAAGAUAACCAAGAUUUUGCAAUAGAUAUGUCUGAAAUGGAAGUGCCCAACAAAAGUAUUUCAGAUUCUCAAUCAGCAAAACUUUCGUCUUCACAGAUGGAAGUUGUCAGCUUUCCUCCUACACCAAAUCUGAUUCUAACAGUACAAGCUGGCCCAGGCUCGGGCAAGACUUUUACUAUGGCAAACAGAGUAGCCUAUAUGAUAUCCCAUUACAACUUGGAACCACACGAUAUCCUUAUUCUAUCCAUGACGAACCGUGCUGUCCAUUCGUUACGUCAAACGCUAGAUGCUAUUGUAGGACCAGAAGUAGCUGGCAAUAUCGAGUUGCGUACUUUUCACUCCUUUUGCGCUAGUGUAGUAGACCAAUACGAACAUAUAUAUUUCCCUAAUAAUGCCAGAAAGCAAUUGAUAGACGAUGUAAGUUGGCUGAGCUUUUCGAAUAUAUUUCUGGGGAAAACCAUCAGUCUUUCAGGCAAAAAGGUAGAAGGUACAAUAACAGCUUCUACCUUAGAAAAGAUCUUGCAUGGAAUCAAGAGCGGUGAAUUCACAACGGAGCAAGCAUCGAAUAAGUUCAAGGUUAGCAAGGAUUAUAUACAUGAAUUGUUGGUGUAUUUGGAACAGAAUGGGAUGAUGCGGUUUCAAGAUUUCGUAGCUGACGCUAUUUCCAUAAUGGAUUCUUCGAUAUCUAGCUCAGACGAAGAAUCCUGGAUUCCUCAAUUGGCAAACUACAAGGUGGUCAUAGUAGACGAAAUUCAGGACAUGCAUCACCUGCUUUUGCUGGUAAUUAAAAAGGUAACAUCAUACCCUACCUAUGAUCAGAAAGCUAAGCACUUGACUUUGGCAGGUGAUCCCAACCAAUGCAUCUAUGAAUUCUUGGGUUCAUCUCCGGAUUUGUUAGAGAAUAUUGAAAAAGAGUUUCCAACCUUCGAUGUCAAUCACUAUUAUAUGAGGGAGACGUAUAGGCUAACUCCUGAAAUCCUUGACGCGGUAACUGCUUUCUCCAUACGACAUCAUGGCCUAAAAGAUGUCUCUCUAACGUCUGUUAAACCAGAAAGCUUCAAACCAGUAGCAUUUUCUCGAAGAUCAGCAUCUGAAGAAUGUGACUUUAUGGUGGGUGAAAUAACAAGGUUGAUAUUCGAACUGGGAGGCCUCUUGCGCCCUUCUGAUUUUCUUAUCCUAACAAGAACAAAUAAGGAAAUUCAAGCCAUAGAAGAUCAAUUGCGAGAUCUGUAUGGAAUGAAGUCCAACAAGUUUUCCCAGAAUGCAACAUGGGCCAGUUCCAAGGUGCAUGUUCUUUUGGACAUUCUAAACGUAUUGAAAAAGGGUCCAGGUUCGGAUUUUGCUUUAUUAUGUGUCCUUCUUCGUCUAGAUAAACGUCCUGGUGGAAGAUUGAGGCUAUCAAAGUUGUUCAACAUUUAUGAUCAGUGGCGCAUACGCAACUCCUUGACUAGUAAUAGCAACUUAGAAGAUUUUGUAAGAUCUGAUCUUGAACAGAGCAACAAAACAAGCAAAGGUGUAGUUCAAAGCAAGAUUUUCUCCAUUUAUAAAUUGGGAGACAACAGGACUACUUUGGAUUUGCUAUCAACCUUUCUUUCCUCUGUAAGGGAAAUGAGGCAAAAUUUAGCCGUUCAUCAAACGCCAAUGGCCAUACUAGAAUCAUUGUUGAAUAUCAUGGAAAAACUGACCUUGCUUGAGUAUCUAAAUUCUCCCGAGACUUCCGGAACUGGUAAAGCGCAAAAGUUGAGUAUUGAAGAACAAAUAGAGGCGCAUAGAAUUCGUCUUGAAAGCAGUUUAUCUACUUUCUACAACUCGUUACGGAGUUCAUACACUAGAUAUGUUGAUACAAAUUCAUUCAAUGAGACGUUUCUUGAAUUCUUCUUGAAAACAUACAAUGACCACGUUACAAUUUUAAACGAAGACAUGAUUAAUCUUUCAACAAUUCACAUGGCUAAGGGAUUAGAGUUUCCUGUUGUUUUUGUUCCUGGUAAUUCUUCUGCGUUUGGAACCUCACAGAAUUGGUCCAGUUUAUUCACCGAUGGAAUUGUAGCUCAAGAUUCAAAGGCUAGAUUGUUCUAUGUUGCUUGUACUAGAGCGAAGAGCUUAUUAUAUAUUGGUACUCCAGAAGAAGAUACCUCUACUUGUAGAGACUUUUUUCGUCUUCUUACUACCAAAUUACCCACACUUGCUACUAAGAUCAAUAGUAGAGGAUCAUUGCUAGAUAACUUGGGAGUGGAUUUGAAAAGAACAGUUCCUAAUAGACGAAAGAUAGAACAGGGACGCUCGUUUUAUGCAGAGAUUCCUCUCCGUAAUCAUGCAACUGACAUUAGCUUACGGGCUACUCGUAAUCUACAUAUUUCACAUUGUCGUACUACUGUUCAAAACAAUGUUCGGAGAUCAAUGAUAACAUGGGGUAGAUAUAUAUUGCAUAUUUGA